CUCCCCCCUCGUUCUGGACCAGCAAUGACAAAUCAUUGAAGGCACUUUCCUGCUGCUGUCGGGGCCGUCUCUGAUCUUGCAUUGGGAGUCGGAUCCAGGGAGGGACCGGUGAUGUGGAGCCCCUGGCUGGUCUGACUCUGGGCUCUGGUUUAUUUCUUGGUUUCUUUCUCUUUUAUUUUUGGUGCAUGGCGGAUUAUUUCUUGCAACUCUUCUUUUCGGUCGAGGAGCAGGAGAGAGAGCAAGUGUGUGCGUGUAGGGGGGAGAGAGAGAGGCGUGGAGGUAGGAGCUGCAAAACAUGGUAAUCACCAGCAGCAGCACCAGCACCAUCACCUCCAGCGUCUCCUCUCCUCCUCUGCACCGGGGCUUGCGUUUCAUGCCCUGCACAGCUCCAGAAAUAACCCUCUGCCAGCAUGCCGAAGAGAGAAAAACAAGAAGAGCGGUAUUUUUAGGCUCAUUAAUUUGGACCACGUGGUCUGAAGGUAAACCGGAUGGCCGGAGCUCACAGGCUCCUCGUCAGUAUGUCCUGCGAGGCCGGCACGCCGCACUGGACGCUGACCACGGCGGUUCUCCUGAGCCUCCUGCUGGGCAUCGUGUCGGCGUACCCGCUCCCGAGCGGCCGGACGAAUGGCACCUUGCUGCUGGAGAAGCGCUGGGAGACGCUCUUCUCUCGCUCCGUGCUCGGGAUCUCCGGGGAGAAGCCGGAGCUCAACUGGGAGAGUGACUACCUGCUGGGCAUCAAGAGAAUAAGGAGGCUCUACUGCAACGUGGGCAUCGGCUUCCACCUCCAGAUCCUCCCCGACGGCACGAUCAACGGUGUCCACCACGAGAACCAGUACAGUCUCAUUGAGAUCUCCACGGUGGAGAGAGGAGUAGUGAGCCUGUAUGGAGUCAAGAGUGACUUGUAUGUCGCCAUGAACAGACGAGGGAGGUUAUAUGGGACGGUAGACAGUCUUCCACGACGAGUGCAAGUUCCGAGAGCGGAUGCUCCCCAACAACUACAACGCCUACGAGUCGCAGGCGUACAGAGGCUCCUUCGUGGCGCUCAGCAAGCACGGCCGCGUCAAGAGGGGCAACAAGGCCACCACUGCCAUGACUGUGACGCAUUUCCUACCCCGAAUAUUACCUCCCCCGAGCAAAGACUGGCAAUAACACACUAAUUUGCACAUGUGGAUUCUUUCCCAGGUAACGUCAAUGCCCUGUCCAUACUGUACAUCCUUAAAAAACCUGCAACCGACUGUCACAGAGAGAAUAUCCAAUAGUAUUUAUUCAGACUUUAUAUGUAUAUUUGGGUAGCUUACUUUGUAUUAGAAAUGAUGAAAUGCCUUUCUUUGCUGCUUUUAUGGAUUUCAACCAAUUUGUGUUGGGGAGAAAGAGAGAGAGCGAGAGAGGCUUCAAUUGGUCUCUUCAUUCUACUGUAUGGGUGCUUGUUGAAGUCAGUGGAGCGCGUGCCCUGUCAGCUCUUCUUUUUGGAUAUGAUCAUUGUAUUACCUCAAAGCACCAAAACGGCUGAAAAGUAUACAUGCAUGGAACUACUGAGGAAAAAAAUGCCUGUGAACAUAUUUUUGUUGUGCACCACCUCUGUUUGUUGGAUAUCAGCUCUGACAGGGUAAGUAGAGCACUUGCAAAUAUGGCGGUGGUUGUUCUUGCUUUGUCAUGAGGUAGCGGUGCCUUGAAUUCCUAUUGUGGCCCCCCUUCUCUUUGCAUGUAAGUAAUGCCGGUGCUGAAGUCAGAAAUAAGAAUGAUGGACAAGUCAUCACUCCACAAGCCAGACGCUACCGCUGGCCAUUCCUGGUGGGGCACAAAAUGUUCCCGCUGGGAACAAUGUAAAGGAAGUGAAUUGUGACCGUGUGCUGCACAUGACGCAGCGGAGCCUUUUUGUCCAGCUCUAGGGCAUCAGAGGGAGCUUUGACAAUCCCACAAUUUGGUUAUCAGUAGAGUUUAUGGACAUGCCAUUGUUAUCAAGUAUAAACAAAAUUUAUUUGUCCCACUUAGGUACUACUUUAUGUGUUGGGUGAAAUUAGGACAAAAAGUGACAAAAUGGAUCUCUUUUGGUUUGGCACUUAAAGUCCUUUUUGCAGGAAAUAGUGUGGAUGCUACUGUUGAUUAGUCAGUUCACUGUUAAUGAGGGUAUGCUUUGAGGGACAUCAGGAUUUUACAUUUCAGGUACCUCAGUCCCUCCCAUUUAGAUUCACAUUUGUUUUUAUGAUUGAUGAAAGCUAUUUAUGCAAAGUGGUCACUGAUUAUGUAGCGUAUUUUACAUGAAUGCAACCCUUUGAGAUACUGUAUUGUGGCGAUGGGCGGGGACAAAGCUCACGGCGACAGUCAUGCUCAGAGUUGGACUUUUAAGGGCCUCUGCUCGUGGCUUCCAUUGUUGGUUUAAGGAUGCGCGUAAUGUGGACGAGCAAUUGUGGGCCCCAUCCAUCCAAGCCACUUGUGUAGUAAGACUAUAGGUGCUGACAUCAGCCUCUCGGGUUACUGACAUUUUAUGGUUUUCUUGUUGCAAACUUCUUCUUUGAGCGAGACAACGAGCGAGCUUCUCGUGUUUUCCCAUGUGCAAUGCGAUGAGGAUGUCACGAUUCAUCAAGACCGUUUUCGGUCCUGUCGAAAUGCGCUGCAAUCAAUUUUAGUUUUGGCGUACAGUGGAACCUCUGAAGGACUAGAAUUGGUCAGUCAAGCAAGUUGAAAAGAAAAUAUUUCAACGGUCGGAAAAGUACAAAUCUCAAACGCCACAAACACGACUGUGAAGGCGGAUUAGACUCACAUGGCAACACAAAAAAGCUGAAAUCUGAUUGGACAAAAAAGGGGUGUCAAACCUAAUUGAUUGUUUGACAAUUUAAUCGACUGCCAUUUUAAAAAUUAAGUAACCGUUUAGAGCCCUUUUUGAAUGUGCUUUUGCAGACUUUGAUCGGAAGGAAGUGGUGGUGCUCAUAUUCUGUGAAAGUGUGGAGUCUUAAAAACAAGAUCCCUGUGCAGUAUCAAUGAUGAUCUUGUGCUUUGUCAGGACAGGGAUUUUCUGUCUGUUUUUGUGGGUUGUGUACUCCCUCCACAUUAUAUUCUAAAGUAGCACAUACAUUCAGAUUAGUUCCACGCAGUCUACCUCUUUAGAGCUUGCCUAUUUUUUGUCAUUUCCUUCUAUUAUACCUCCAUAUCAAUUUUCUUUUCACUGUUUGUUUCAUUCACUUACGGUAUUAUGCCAUCACUUUAAUUUUUAUAUACAGGCGACAUUCGCAUACUCACAGAUUUUCUUUUCCCCAAUUUAAUAUUUUAAAAAUAUAUUUAUUAUUUAUCUAUUUAUUUUCGCCUCUAUUAGCAGGGGUCGACUGUAGUGUCCGAAAUAAUUUACUCAUCAGUCAAAUGAAAAUUAGUUUUGAACUGGACAUUAAUUAUGUCAGUGCCAUUGCAUAGUUACAACCUACUGGAUGAACCGCUAUACUUUAAUAUUGUCCUGCUACAACUCAUGAAUCUGUCUGAAAAUGAAACAACACCCUGGAAACAGAAAAUUGUUUCAUCUGCCAUUUUCAAGAUGCAUUGUGGGAUGCAUUGAUGGUCAUUUUCGAAACAGAACAAAAUGCAAAUCAGAAGGUUACGUUUUUACCCAAUGGCAUGCUCAGUUAUUUGUUUCGUAAGCACUUACUACAUUCAAGACCGGUGAAAUUAUUUCUACAUGUGUAUGGCAAUUUAGAAUGUUAAAAUAUUUUCUGUACACUUAAUUGAGGUAUUGAAAAAAAUGGAGCUUGACUAGCAUUGUGUUCAAUUUAAGAGGUUCUACUGUACUACUCAAAUGAUAUGAAAUGGUUGUUGUUUUGCAAUUUUAUGCAUGUAGCAAAGUACCACUAAGUCCAGCUUGGUGGAGUAUGUUUUUUUUUAAUUAACGUCACGGUUUACCUCAUACACUCUUAACUGUAACAUGCUGUGGGCAGUGCAUUAGGGGGCCCCACAGGCCUCCGCUCAUGUUUAGUAACUGAGAUGAGUGCAUGGCACCUGGAUGGCAAGUGUGGCCAUGCCAGCACAUGCUCAAGUUGUUGGCUUUCUGCCAAAGUGACAGUAGAGGCCAUAUCAAUUGACCUUGAGUCAGGAAUAACAGGACAUGGUGAGGCAAAAGGGUGGAUGGGGGUGGGGAGCACAAGAGUGGGAUGCACUGUAAGUAGCAAAGAGAAUCAAAUGUUUCCAGAAAGGUUGGUUGGUUAAACAUGCUGAAUACUGUGAUUAGAAUACAUAUUUUGGUUGUAUCACCAUUACUUAUUGUUGUGUAUUAUUCAAUCCAUGAUGGAGGGUCAGAAAAUAAUAACAUAGUCCCCCCCCCCCCCCCCCCCCCACGGAAUGAAUGUGCGGGAGUAAUAUUAGUGGCGAAACUACUAAAAUGAAGAUCAAUUAUUUUAUGCAGUGCAAUUUUCUAAUCCUAGGCAAACAAGACAAAUAUUUACAUUUCAAAGCACUUGUUUUUGAAGGCAAGAUUUUGUGAAAUGCUUUUUUGUUGUUGUUUUGCCAUCUCCAGCCUAUUAUUGGGUGUUGCAGAGGACACUGUUAACACAACGCGAGGUGGUUGGAGUGGCAAACCAGCAAUAGCAGGGGAAUAGGAUUUUAUUAUUAGUAGUGGUCUUGCAUCUCAUGCAACAAGAGAGUCUAUUGCAUGAUCCUGUUUUGAGGUAGACUUCUGGUUUGGUUUUGAUGUAACUAAGAAAAGUAUUUAUAUGGUGGGGGGGAAAAAAAGGCCCCCCUGUCAAUAAACUCCCAUUUUUCAAAUCCCCUCUCAUGUACAAAGAAUUCGGAAUGGUCCCUUUUGAAUAUGCACCCAUGUCAUCAGUUGCUUUUAAAGAUGUGUUGGUUCACAGGGAUCUCAAGCGAGUGGCUCUGUGCUCAGUGUGUGUCUGACUGUGUGUGUGCGUGUGUAUGGAUUGUGUCCCUGUGUGCCAGCAGCCUUUAUGUUUUCCUCUCAGUUUCUUAUUCCUGCACUGAGGGGAGAGUGCUUCCUCUUGAGUCCCCCUCCUGUUUUGGAACAUAUACCUCACCUUCUGCCUUAGUUCCGAUUAUUAAAAUGAUUGUAAAUUAGUUUGAAACAACAGACUUCUUCAAUCAUUUGUUUCUGAGAAAAAAAAAAUGAUGGCGAAAAAAACAAACUAUAUUACAAAUGGGUUUCCUUUUAUUUUUGUACGUAUGUGCUGUGCACAGCAGUCAACUGUAUUCCUGAAAUGAUAAUAAAAGAGAUUUUGUAAAA